AUGCUCUCAGAAUUCGAAUCUUCUGUGCCUAUGGCAGGGAAGACUCCUCAUGCGACCUAUUGUCUUUGUGGGGUCACAAAAGAAGAUAAAUAUACUGUGUUAUUGGUAUCUAAGGAAGAACUAGAAGAAACCAAACAAAAGUACAAAACGUUAACAAGCAUUCAUAUUUAUAGUAUGGAAGAGCGCCGCCUCAAGGAUGCAUCCGCUCUUGUUAUCACAGAUUGCAAGUCCAAGAAUAUUGUAUCAAUCGAGUCAUCAAACAUGUCAAAGUCGAGUUCAACGUCUACAACAAAUAUAUUAGAAAGAGAUGAUAAACCGAAAACAUUCGAGAAAGAUAAGAUAGAAAAAAAAGAACCAAUCUCAACAAAGAAAAAGCGUGCGUCGAAUGAAAGAAAAUCUAUAAAUAAAAUCAUAAAGAAUAAAAAAGCCAACGAUAACACAUCCAUAACAUCACUUCUGCAGACUCCCAUAUCUCACAAAGAAACAAAACAAACAAUGAAAAGAAAAAGUAUCCAGGAUGAUGAUGGUGAGCAUGAAAAUGACAAUUUAGAAUGUCAAGAAGAAUCAGGUAUAAAAAUGGAGUUGGAUACAAAAUAUACAGAAGAUAGUAGCGUGACAAAUGUAGAGAUGGGAACUGGAGACGAGAAAGACAAUACGCACCAUCUUGUUCAAUCAUUAUCUAUACUUAGUGAUAGUAUGGAAAUUGAUCAGGAGCAAUCUCAAUUAUUAUCUAAGAAACAGAUAAGGCCCCGUGGUAGACGCAGGGUAUCAAAAAAACGAAUAUAUCAAGAUGCAAAAGGUUUUAAAGUGAGUGAAGAUACAUACGAAUGGGAAUCAUUUUCGGAAGAUGAAUGUGACCCCAGGCAAACUGGAAUUAAUGUGACAAUUAAAUCAGAAGGUUCAGGUAUUAAAAAUGGCAUAAAUAAGCGUGGAAAGCGAAAAGGCGACGAUUCUUCUCAAAAGAGCUUGUUGAAUUUUUUUGGGAAGAUUUAA